AUGACAUCACUAAUAUUCGGUACCAUUUACAUGGGCCACAAGGGCCUGGUCCAUCACAAACGUGAAAAGCAACGCCAGAAAAAUUACGAGCGCUGGGAGGGUCUGCGGGAUGAGUACGACGAGCAGAGGAAGAUCAACAGACAAUCAAGAUCGUUAGAUAUUCAGCGUACCGGCGCAGUCCCAGUGGACGAGGACCGACCUAUCCUCACUCUGCGCGACCAACAAGAAGCCGGCGACGCCCGGACCGGUUGGCGUCCUCAAGAAGCAUUCGACGGUGUUCAGAGUGUUCCUGCGACAGACAAUAGGCGGUCUAGCGUCGAAGUCACGGCAGGCUCCAGCCUGAGACCAUUGACCGGCAUCAAAACAGGCACUACAUGGGAUGAAGGUUUGCCAUCGCCAUUGAAAGUGUCCCGCCGGAACUGGGACGACUACCAGCCUUCAAACAGCGGAAAUAUCAGUCGAAGCAGCAGUGUGCGCAACACCACAACCAGUAACAGCGCCACUCCGCACGACCGAAGCGCAAGCAACACGCCAUCCUUGAAGUCAGCGGGAUCACCCACGAUCGGCUCUUCCACAACAAACAUCUACCACCCUCAUCCCUCGCGGAUUGUAAGCACACCCGCAGACAUCCCACACUAUGGCAGCAUCGAUCCCAUCGAUUACAGCACACCAGGUGGACCUAUGGCCGAAUUAAUCGCUCCUGCUCCUCCAAAUAGACCAGCGCCAACGGCAUACACCAACCACCAACCCCCACAGACAUUUGCAGGAUAUCAAUCAAAUCCGUUCUUGAGUCUCCCUGCCGCUCCGGCCCCUACCCCUUCUCCGGUCCCUGCUCCGCUGAAGGUCCAACCUACAUCCGCAGAAUUUUGGGACAGACCAUGA